GAAUGGAGGCACGGCGCAUAACUAUGGACUACGAAUAGGAGCAACUGCCCUAAAACGCCGCGUAAGCUUGAUACCUACUAACGAGGAUGAAGAGUAUUUACGUCCUACGUCGGGACUCGACAUGAUCGGGUAUAUUAGCAGGAAGCGGAAAUGAGUGUUCCAACGAGGUAGGACAAAUACUGCUUCGAGUUGAUGGACUUGUGGGCUAUUACAUGACUGCAUUCGACAACCGUGCCAUAAGCUUCCUCUCCAUGCUAUAGAGCAACGUGAACCGGCCUAUGAUUUCUGCUUCCAGCACACCGACGCACGUUUUCCGUACGAUACAGUCUAUCGGGGUUUCACGACAGUCCGCGAAGUUGCAGACGCUGGGACACGGACCGCCAGAUCUCGGCUCUUGAUCGUGGCACCGGGUCGCUAUCUGGCGUAAUCUGUGCCCGCCCCCGUGUUUCUCCCGUGUUUGCUCUGCCGUGUCGGUCUAGCUAUCUAUGGACCUGGUUCGGGUACCGGCGUAGGUGAUCUACGCUGAAACUAUAUAAGCGGCAGUGGGAUGAGUAGUAGAUUAUAACUAGACCCCUAUCGCCAUGCGUCCAUCGCCUUGUCGGUAGCCAUCGUCACACAAGCAAAAACACCUCCCUAACCAUGACGGCCAUCACAAAAACAACACGCGGCCCCGACGGCACACAAUCAACCCUAACGUACCGUCUUCCUCCUCAGACAACCCCCUUCGCCCCCUCCCAAAGCCAAGCCAUGCCGUCCUCAUGCUCCUUCUCCGUAUACUGCCGCAGCCUCUCGUACUACGUAUACUCGAUGAACACAGCCGCGCACGACGCGCACCCCCUCGAGGGACAACACUGUCUCGCGGUGCAGGACCUCACUUCCGAUCACCGGGUCGGCUAUAACGCCGAGUGCUGGCCCGAGAACUACUUCGCGCUGUUCGACAACGAGUGGGGCGAACUAAACGGCGCGCCGAGGAGCGGCAACGAAGGGAGCGCUUCGACGGCUGCGUUUCCCGGGGAUAAGUGUCUGGCGGGGUGGACGGUGGCGUGUACGACGACGAUUACGGCUGGGGGCGGCGACAUAGACAGUCACAACAACAACAACAACAACAACAACAACAACAACAACAACAACAACAACAACAACAACAACAACAACAGGAAUGGAUCUAAGAAUGAGAACGCAGGUAACGAAAAAGUGCCCGAGCUCUACCCCCAAGCAUGGUGCUGCCCCCCCGGCCAAUGGACCUGCGCCACCGCCACCGCCGAAGGCGACAGACAAGCCCCCCAACGGCUAUGCCAGAGCUAUCUGACCGGGUCGACGAGCACCGACAUCUGGAUGUACUGGGACCCGGAGUUCGACACCGAGACCCCGGACGGGUCCACGUCGAGCCUCUUCGAGGCGUAUACCUGGACCGCGGACGUCCCCGGGGAGCCGGACCCGACGCACGCCGCGACGGUGUUUCGGAAGGUGUUUCCCCUGGUGCUGAGUAGCAGCGCUGGCGCCGGCCCCGGCACUAAUCCGGGCCUGGGAGCCGGGACCUCGGAAACAUCAACAUCAACAGCAGCAGCAGUAGUAGUUACAGUGACGGAAGUCGUUACGCUAGAGCCGACCCCAAGAAUGCCCUCAGCAGCAGUAGCAGCGCGGGAUAAAAGAACGGAGCCGGUGGCCGGGCUGCUACCGCCCGGGGGCCACUUGCUGACGUCGAGGUGUCUUGCUGCGGUCCUGCUGGGAGCUGCUUUCGCGACGGCGGUUAUGUCGGUUUUUGGGUUCGCGUUGCUGUAUCGCGGGAAGAGGAGAAGGCGGGAGCCGAGGUAUCGCAAGGUUUUUGCUGACAAUACCGUUUCCAAGGCGUCUCUCGACGAUGCUGGGAAAUGCGAAGUGGGAAUUCUGUUCCAGCCUCGGGAUAUGGAGACCAGUUGAAGGCAGGCUAGCGUUUGGAUUAGGCGUGUAGUUUUAGGUAGGCUCGUGAGGAUUUGAUUCGUAUCCUUGAGUUUUGUUAAGAGUAUUAAUCUAGG